AUGGCCAUUGCUUAUUGCUUACAAUACAUGCACCAUGAUUUAAAUCCACCAGUGGCACAUUCUAACUUGAAUUCACAUAAUAUCUUUCUAACUGAUGACUAUGCAGCUACGAUGGCUGAGAUCUCUUUCUUGCCACAAGAUUCCUCCAAGUCGAAGAGCUCAAGUGACAAUGAGUCAGUGCAUUCUACAUUGCCACCUUUGGCUGAUGCUACUGAAUGUUUGAAUGACAAACGUAGUAUCGGUUACCUGAUUGACCCAACCCUCAAGUCUUUCAAAAACAAUGAGCUUGACCUCAUAUGCGAGAUUAUCCAAGAGUGCAUACAACCAGAUCCAAGGCAAAGACCAACAAACAUGGCUGAGAUCUCUUUCUUGCCACAAGAUUCCUCCAAGUCGAAGAGCUCAAGUGACAAUGAGUCAGUGCAUUCUACAUUGCCACCUUUGGCUGAUGCUACUGAAUGUUUGAAUGACAAACGUAGUAUCGGUUACCUGAUUGACCCAACCCUCAAGUCUUUCAAAAACAAUGAGCUUGACCUCAUAUGCGAGAUUAUCCAAGAGUGCAUACAACCAGAUCCAAGGCAAAGACCAACAAUGAAGGAUAUCACUUCCAAGUUGAGGGAAGUGAUUGCUAUCUCACCUGAUUAA